AUGGUCUACACUGGCCAACCGAGCAGAGGUUGCGCGACCUGUCGCAAACGUCGCAUCAAGUGCGAUGAGAAAACCCCCGCCUGUGGCAAUUGCUUCAGGAUCCACGAGACCUGCCCGGGCUACAAGGACCAGUUCGACCUGGCCUGGAGAGACCAGACCACCGUCGCAAAGAAGGGCGUCGAGCGAGGGAAGCAGAAGCGCAGGGCCGCGCGGGAGAAGGUCGUUGCUGCUUCGUCGUCGUCCUCUUCGUCGUCGUCCUCGUCCUUCUCUCAAGAUCCGGCCCAGGACUCCUCACGAUCCUCACGCUCCUCCUCUGCCUCCGAUGCUCAGGACAAUAACGAUGCGCGACUAGCUGGAACUGAGUCUCACGAUGCGAUCAUGCGGGGUGCCCUGAUCCCCUCUAGAUCGCGGGGUGUCUCCCGAGCACUAAAAGUCCAAGAGGCCAAGGACCCGACAACGUCGACCACAUGGUUGGACCCUCAUCUCGGUCUCCGUGUGACGCCAGAAGAUCGCACUUUCUCCUACUUCCUCAACUCCUACAUCCUCCCCGUCCGAGAUCCCCUCGCCCGCCGCGGCUUCCUCGAGUACCUGGGCCCCUUGUACACGCACGCCGACCCCCAGUCGCCGUUCAUGCUGUCGACGAUGGCCGUGGCGGCGUGCAUGCUCUCCACCCGCAUGGGCCAAGAUCCAAACACCACCUUCGCGCGAUCCUUCUACCUCCGAGCCGUCAAGACGAUGCGGGACCAGGUCUCCGAGCAGAAGGGCUGUGCGAAUGACGAGAUGCUGAUCGCGGUCUUGCUCCUGCACAUGUAUGAGGUGAGCGAACCCUCUUCCCCCAUCAGCGAUGGCCGGCUCAUGGUCUCCGAGGCUUUUAUCGCGCGCGGUUUCUGGACGAGUGCGUCCAGUCAUGCUCACCUGGAUGGGGCGCUUGCCCUGAUCAGAUACCGGGGAAUUGCGGAUUUUAAGGGGAAGAAAGUAUCCGAGGCGAUAAUAUUAUAUGUUCGAAGUUUACUGAUUGGAGAAGCCUACGGGAGUAACUCUGCAGUGCCCCGUGAUGUGGCAGAGUGGGCAGAGCUUGUUGGUGACUCGGAGAAGAUCCCAGGAGUAACUCUGGACACCAUCAACCUUGAUCUUGCCAACCUCCGCGCAUCGGCCGCCGAGAUCCAUCGUGCGCCGGCGGUCAAUCCGCGUAUACGCGCAUCGCAAAUACAGUACCUCCUUAACACUGCUACCGACAUCGACCGCCGACUGACUGAGUGGUGUGGGACGAUCCCCAAAUCGUGGAUCCCGAUCCGGGUCUCGGGGGAGAAGUACAUCGCCCCGAGCAUCAAGGAAGCGGGAUUGUACCAGGAUUACUGUGAGAUCUAUGGCAGUGUGUUUCUCUGUAGCUCGUGGAGCAGGUUUCGAUUGCUGCAGAUCGAGGUCAGGAAGAUCCGCCUCUCGUGUCUCGCCGGGAGCGAGAAACCCUCCGCUGCGAACCUAGCACAACAAGAAGCUGACAAGCACAGCAUCCAACAACUAGUGGAUGACAUCUGUGCCAGCGUCCCCUUCUACCUGGGAGAUCGGACCGAGCCCGGAGUUCCAGGCGAUCCCCGCGUUCGAUACCCGCGGGCGCCUGGGAAGCCCCCUAUCCGAGACCACUACCAGACCGGGCCAACCAUGGGUGGAUGGUCACUGCUCGCGCCUCUGGGUUCAUUGAUGAGGUUGAACAUCAAGCUUCGGGAGGGCCAGAAGCUGUGGAUUAAGGGGCAGAUCACCCGGACCGCUAGGGUAUAUAUGGUUCGCAGGCUGCCUGGACAGCCGCCGCAAGGAUGA